AUGUCUUCCGCUCCUGCCUCUCGCCCGCGCGCCACUAUGAGCGCAUCAAUGAACUACGAGUGGCUCUGGGUCGAUGACUCCAUCAUCAUCACUCGGUGGUUUAUUACGCAGCCGCGGCUGUCGUACAAGGAGUUUUAUGCCUCCUUCAUGAACUCGGCCAACAAGGCCCUAGAAAGAUCUCGCCAGAGAGACUGCCUCGCUCUCGAAGGGCUCCCCAAGUUCAUCGUCGCGCUGCUGCACAAGCAGCCAAUUCCUGCCGAAGAGCUGCUCGCCGCCUUCAAGGCGUACGCCAUGGACGACCUGGGCAACGGCCAUGGCCGCUACAAGACCAAGGGUCUUCUCCCUUUCGGAAGGGGUCUCAGCCAUGAGACCCUGACCGCCGGCAAGAACGAGCUCCGCCGCAAGGUCUUUUCCGACCGCACUCGCGCCCUCGCCGUACCCCCCACCGCGACCACCUCCUUGGUCCCUGCCACUAUGGCAAACCAGCAAGCUCUUCCUGCCUUCGUGGCACCACCUGCUCCGGCCUCUGUGCCGCCUCUCCGUCUUUGGGUGCCGCCACCUCCCCGCGAGCCCCUAUCGUUGGAGAGACUGGAGGAGGUCAUGGAUGACCUGGGUCCUGCUGCUGGUAAGCGGGCCCAGGAAGUCUCCCUUGUCGUGCCGGUGCAGUUUGGCAACCUGCCACUGGCCAGGGCUAAGGAGGAUGAGAAGAUGGGAGAUGAGGAGGAGGAUGAGAUUUUGUAA